UUUAUUUAUUCAUACAUCAUUUAAACAUUUAUACAUUACUUGAUUACUUUAGUUUUGUUAGGAAUUCAAUAAUACACGAUUAUAUUACUAAUAAGGGAAGUGUGAUGUCCACCAAUUGUCGAUGGUUCUGUAAGAAAUUUUAAAAUCAAUAUUUGAAAAGGAAACAAAAUGGUUUGUAAUAAUAAUGUAUUUAUUUAUGCAUUACUUACGUGCUUUACUUCUGGUACAUAUUCAAUAGUACACGAUUAUAUAACUGAUAACAAAAGCAUGAUAUGCCCUGGAAUUGUUGAAGAUUCAAUUAAAAAUGGUUUUCUUAAUCGUAUUGUGGCUUGUUCUUUUGAUGGAGUAACUUGCACCCAACAUGUUAAAGGUUUUACUAAAAGUAGAGAUGUUCUCUCAACAAUUCUUCCUAACAGUUCUUUCAAUCCUGGUAAUGGUGAUGGGUAUAUUUAUGGAAGUGGUGGUGUCAUUAGCUUAAUGGUUUCUAGCAAUAUACUUACUGACAUUAAAAACUUUGAUAUAUAUUUAUCUAUGGCUUAUUACAUACACAACACAUCACUAGGAACAACUACUUCGAAUGUGACUUAUUGCAUAAAUGGUGAAAGUGAUUCUUAUUACAUCUAUAACACAUCCACUUGGAAUGUAUUUAAUAAAAGAUAUACUUUUACAAAUUCUGAUUUUAAUUUCAUUUUGAAUGCGUCUGGUGGGUUCAUGAGGUUUGAUGAUCUAUGCAUUUAUCAAGUCUGUAAAUUUGGUUACAUAUUCAAUGAAACAACAGGUCUCUGCGAAGGUUUAAAUAUUUUAAGAUCAGCGUUAAAGAUUAGUAGCGAGGGAAUAUCACAAUCAAGUCACAUAGAUAUUCAUAGAAGUAAAGAUAACGAAGAAGUUGUAGGUUUUUGGAUUGCUUUGGAGAAUAGAGGAUUAUACAUUUUGAUAAAACCAUUAGCAUUUUAUGGAGAGAAUGUUGUUUUAACAUAUAGGUUUUAUUCAAGUCAAAGAACCACUUUACGUAUAUUUUACGAAAAUCUUCACGACGAUGUUACAGAGUUUAAUUCCUUUCAUUUUCAAGAAGAUACUUUUGAAAAUUGGUUUGACAGUAAAUCAAGUGUCCGGAUCGAUAAAGUUUCACAGCACGUACUUAAUGCUGAGAAAGAAAAAAAAGUUUUUGAGGAAUGCAUAAGAAAUUAUGGUAAUAAAACAUGUAUACUAUUUGAGCCAGUUAUUAAGGCAAUUUUGUCUGAAUGUAAUAAUUGUUUUAUUCUUCGGAUUACAUUUCAAAAUCCUGGCGCAAAAACUAACAACAACCUAAACUUCAUAAUAUAUUUGGCUUCCUUUAACGUCUUAUUAGAUGACCUCAAAGUAUGUCCAGAUAACUUGACUUCAAAUCAACUUAAAAAUGGUUGCGACGGCUGCGCAACUGGUUAUAAGUUUAAUAUUACAUCUGGUCAUUGUGAAGGUAUAUAGUUUUAUUUAUUUUUAUAUUAUUAUAACUUAAUUACAUAUUCAUUUAAUAUUUUUGCUGUU